AUGUGGCUACAUACAAUAACUGUACUUUUGCUGGUGCAGUUGUUCGCUGUAGACGUGUAUGGAUGCAGUCUGGGGUGUGUGUGUCGUUUGAAGCGAGUGGAAUGUCGCCGACGUAUGUUUCAUCGUUUUCCACAAGGCGUUCCAGCGGAUACAAUUUAUUUGGAUUUACGUGACAAUCUCAUUCGACACAUUUCAAGAAGCGAUCUGCGUGGAUUACCGCAUCUGCAAACGCUACUUCUUUCCAACAACUGUAUUCAACACAUUGAAGAGAACAUUCUCGAUCUGAUUCCAAAACUACGGCGACUAUCGCUAUCGCGCAAUUUCCUCAAAUGGCUACCAAAGUUGAGCUCGGUGAAUCCGAACAGUUUGACACAUUUCGAUGCUCACUCGAAUCGUAUCGAACUGAUCGAUGCGGCCACAUUCCGUAAAUCAUCGGAAAUCCAUUCGAUCAAUCUGGCCGCCAACAAAAUACAAACCCUCCCGGAUUGUACCUUUGCAAACCUGCCGCAUUUGCGUAUUAUGCAUCUCGAAGAGAAUCCACUGAAUUGCGAUUGCAGAUGGCGUGUUCAAAUAGACUAUUUACGUGAUCGGGUGAGUGAAUCGCCGAUUUGUUUCAAUCCCAAGUCAUUACGCGACAAAUUUUUAAUGGACGUCCCAAACGAGCAAUUGAAAUGUCAUCAAGUUGAGGUUCUCUCAAAGCAGCAAGGCAAUACCAUUCUAUACUGCAAUCAUCGAAUCAUAAAUCGAGUUGCAUGGCUGUACAAAGGGUUGGAUAUGAAGCAGUCUUAUUCGGGCGAUUACGAGUUAUUCUUGAAUGGAACAAUGCGAAUCGAUGACCCAGACGAGAUACGACACUUCGAAUGUGCCAUCGAUCAUUCGGUAUUACCACAGAGGAAACGUCGGCAGCUGCAUACCUCAUCGUUUGAACCACAGUUCACGCUAAGACCACAGAAUCGAGCCUACCGAGAGGGAGAUGUAGUUCGAGUCGACUGUGAGGUUAUUGGAAAACCUCGGCCGAAAAUUAAGUGGUACUUCAAUAAGGUGGAGUUGAGACCUUCAUCAAAGCACGAAAUGAAUUUCGAACGAACCAAUCUGAUUAUUCGUGCGUUUACGGAUCGAGACGUUGGAGAAUACAGCUGUGUUGCUGAGAAUAUUGUCGGACGUAUUGAAGCGUCAGCAUCAAUUGAGCUCAUCGCAAGCUCACCACCAGUCAUUGCUGAAGGACCUGAGUCGCAGACUGUCGACGAAGGUGCUACAGUUCAUUUCAAGUGUAAGGCAAAAGCUCAGCCAAGGCCUGCAAUAACGUGGUUCUUUGAAGGAAGCGAAAUCUCCAUGCUGAGAGGACACUUCCACGUAUCAGAUGAUGAAAGUGAACUAACAGUAUCACGGGUGACGAAACAAGACGAUGGUACGUAUUCGUGUAUGGCUGGUAAUGCCGUUGGUUCGAUGUUGGCCGAUGCUCGCUUAACAGUGAUACCAAAUCCGCAAAUAUCUCGUCCCACUCAUCAUCAACAGUUAUCUCGUCCUAGUCCUCCUCAACAGUCAUUCCGUCCUACUCAUCAUUACCCACAAUCAUCUCGUCCUUCUCACCCUCAACAGUCAUCUCAUCCUACUCAUCAUCAACAUCGACAGCAUCAGCAGUAUCAAUCUCCACCUAAUCCACCUGCAUCUUAUGGGCAAUCCAUAACUAACUCUAUCACUGACGACAUCAUACGAGAUGCU